AUGCGAGAGGCACGAGAGCUGAUAAGGUUGAAAACCAUAAGACUUUCCGUAAGUGAUGAGGGUGAAGAGUUUGUCGUAAUUCCUUAUCAGUUAGAUGUGGAGAUAACGGAAAAGCACCUUGAAGAUGCUUCCCUUUAUCGUCCGUCGUCUGAGAAGGAAUUUAAAAGUAAAUACCGAAAAUUGAACAACGAAUGGGCCAAAAUGGCAAAGGCUGCUGGUUUAAGACCAUCAGUUAUCUCUCAACUUAAAGUUGACUUACCAACAUGCCCCGUCUUGUACUUACUUAUAAAAACUCAUAAGUUAGUAUCCAGCGAUGAUCUUGCGUCUACCGAUCCAUCAGUAUUUAAGGUGUCAUUAGCUGCGUAG